AUGCACUGUGGCCAGCUCUACAACCUGACAGUGACAGCUGAGGACGACAUCCCUUGCAAGCCAACCAAUGUGAAGGCUGCCCUACUCUGCCAAUCCAACUCUGCUGCGGUGACAUGGGAGCGAGCCAGCGGAGCCGUCUCAUAUCUUGUCGUGGGCGUCACCGCUGACGGAAGCCACCAAACCAAAUGUAACAACUCCAUGACCUUCUGCGAUCUUAGCGGCCUGCAGUGUGGACAGACCUACAAUGUGAGCGUGUACGGCCAGGACGAGUACUGUUCCAGCGUGGAGAGUGACACGGCUUACAUGCAGACAGCCCCUUGUGCACCACAGGAUGUGGCUGUAGAUGCAAACUGUGCUGAUGGUGCCAUAUCUGUGUCCUGGAUGCCCAACCCCGACGCUCAGUACUUUCAUGUAGCCGCAGUGAGCAACAUAGGAGCAAGACUCUACUGUAACUCCAGCAGCACUGCCUGCAGUAUAAACAACCUGCCAUGUGGACGGACUUACAACGUCACUGUGCUGUCUGUGAGAGACGACUGUGAGAGUGAGACGAGCGCUGUGGUGGAGACCUCCUCAGCUCCAUGCGUGCCCACAAACGUUAAGGGCAGUCUGGACUGCGUGUCAAACUCUGCCUGGGUCACAUGGGACCCCUCACAAGGUGCCCACAGCUACUCCGUUGUGGCCAACGGGGUGGGAGGUCACACCUCCAACUGCACCUCCGCCUCCUCUCCCUGUGAGGUGCCAGAUCUGAACUGUGGGACGCUUUACACCUUUUACGUCACUGCUGUCAACAGACACUGUAACAGUAGUAACAGCACCACCUUUGAGCUUCAGACAGGUCCAUGUGCUCUCACGUCCAUCAGCGCAGUGACACAGUGCAACAGCGACACCAUCCUGGUUGAAUGGGACAUGACAGAGGACACGCCGGUCUUUGUGGUGACCGCUGAGGGCCACGACCAGUCCUACAUCUCCUGCAACAGCUCUUCUCAUUCAUGUGAACUCCAGGAUGCAAAAUGUGGCAUGCAGUACAGCGUCAUCGUGUCCACUUCCUCUGAUAAGUGCAGCAGCCUCAGAAGCCCGACGAAGAAGAUUAAAACAGCGCCCUGUGUCCCAAGCAAUGUGACAGUGGUACCAACAUGUGAGGAGCACGGCGCCACGGUGACCUGGAGACACUCCCCUGUGGCUAAAUCCUACAUGCUGUCGGCAACAGGAAGCGACGGACAUGUUGCCAGCUGCAUCACCUCAGUGAAUAACUGCACACUGACUCAUCUGCACUGCGGACAGGCGUAUGCAUUAAAUGUCACAGCCAAAGGAGACAACUGCAGCAGCCUCCCUCACACUUCAACCUUCAAUACAGUGCCCUGUGAGCCCUCCGGUCUUUCAGUGGAUCUGGAUUGUGAGACAAACUCGGCCAUCCUGUCUUGGAAUGCCAGCGAGGGCGCCGUGGAGUAUUUGGGCUGCGCCCAAACUACGGACGGAGACAUGCUCUACUGUGAAAGCGACGUUCCCCGCUGCACCAUCGAAGGCCUGCGGUGUGGAGAAGUUUACAACUUCUCUGUCGAAGCCUCUGAUGGCAUCUGCAACAGCUCGUUUAGUGCACCGCUACAGGAGGGAGCAGCUCCAUGCGCUCCAACUUCUCUGAGUGUCAGAAUGCAGAGGAUCGGUCAGAUGCACUGGGCCAUGACAUCAUGGGCGGAGGUGGAUUGUCCAGAUGUUGAGUACCUUGUGAAGAUAAUCGGUCGAAUCCAAGAUGACCCACAGGCCUUGAUGAAUGUGACGUCUUACUGGCUGCCCCGGCCAUACUUUGAGUUCCCGAUGCCUUGUAGCACAGCGUAUAACCUCACAGUACGCUCCAGGAACUCAGGCGGGGUCAGCGAGCCGUCCAGUGCUUUUACUGGAGUCACAGUCCCCUGUGCUCCACAGAAUGUGAUGUACACUGGUAGCACACAGUCUGCUGUGCUCUCCUGGGAUUCAUCAGUGUUUGCAACAAGCUACACUGUCUACGAUGUGUCAGGAGCCGUCCGUAUUGAGCUCUGCAACACAACUGAUCUCUCAUGCCAGGUCACCAACUUUGAUCCGGCCAACACUACAGUGAAAGCCAUCAAUGAGGAAGGAGAGAGCAUCGGUAGCCCAGAUAUUAGAGGUCCAGGCGGCCUUCGGAGAAGAAGGGAUUUGAGGGCUUCUAAAGUCUAUGCUCAUCGAGACAGUGGUCUUGAAAUCCCAGAAUUACCGAACGUAACAGUAAGUGGAGUUUCCGUGCAUGUGAAGUGGUCCACAGUGAAGGAUGCCACAGAGUACACACUGGUGAUCGAGGAGGAACAGAAUGAGCAGCAGCCGCCGAGAGUGAGAUCCGUGGAGGAGGAUUUUUACACAGAGACUGACCUAAAGCCCUGGACCACCUAUAAUGUCAGGCUUAGUGCCAAAAACACCAUCAGCCAAAGCAACUACACCAGACCAGUGAGCAUAACAACUGGUUCCACCUGA